AUGACCUUUACGGUGCAAAAUGUAUACUAUCUGCGCAUAUCGGCCACUACGAUUCUCACGACGGUCCUGUACCUCGAUCAGCGCCAUGUGACAUGGAUGAAUGACAAUCCCAGCAUACUUGAACACGCAGUGCACGAUAUCAUACGGCCUCAGCUCGUGCAUCUCCUGCAUGAUGUCGCUCUUCACGCAUCGGACAAAAUGCAGACGGCAGAGCAGGAGGCGUUUCGCGUGCUGUACUAUUUCCAAGACGCAGAGCGCUCACCAGCUGUACUACUCAAAACACGCACGCUAUCCUUUCCUGGCUCGAGCAUGUCGAUACCUCUCGAGACGACGGACAGCGUACACGCACCCAUUGCCCCAAAGAGUCAGCCGACAGAUAUGGUGCCAGAGAGUGAAGAAGAGCCAUUUUCGUCGCAGUAUACAGAGGACGACGAAGUAAGUGGCCAAAAGCCGCAUGUCCAUGUUAGCUAUACAGGAUUCCAAGUUUUUUCCAAAGAGUUGGUCCUGGUGAUUGAGCCAACAGAAAGUACAGUCGCUCAGAAUCCGGCGCUUUUCACGGUCGACGACGAUGACGAGAGCAAGAAAGAAAAGAGACAGCUGAACCAAUCGGCACGAAUUCAUUUCGACGCGAAUGCGACACAAUUCGGGCGCACAUCUCGCGAAGCGCCCCUGUUUCGUGGUAUGGAUGAGAAAUAA